AUGAAUCAAAUAACUGAAGAUUUCCGAAAAUUGCGGCUAAGACCGACGAAAGAAAGGAAAGGGCAACAGGAGGAACUGAUCGAGCUGAAUUCGCAAAACGCGGUGAACUCUCGAGGCACCGAGGGAAAAUGGCUGAAAUUCGUUGUCAUCUCGGACACACAUGAGAAGUUGGUGAAAAUACUGGAUAAAAUCCCCCGUGGCGAUGUCCUCAUCCAUUGCGGGGAUUUCACGAAUUAUGGCGGCUCGGCGGCGGUGAGCAAAUUCAACGAGUUGCUCGGCAAAUUGCCUCACCAACACAAGAUUGUCAUCCCUGGGAACCAUGAAUAUGGAUUUGAUACAAGGGAAAGCGCUAGAGAAUACGUCACGAGGGUGACAACGAAAAACCCCAGAGAGUUGCUCACGAAUUGCACAUUAUUGAUGGAUGAGUCAAUAGAGAUCUCGGGUAUCAAACUCCUAUGGCAGCUCUUGGCACAUUCUGCACGGAUUUCCUUUUAUUGUGAACCCGGAGCAGAGAUUCGGGAGAAAUGGGCGAAAAUCCCGAAUGAUGUCGAUGUGUUGAUCACACAUGAACCGCCUAGGGGAUUUCUUGAUAAGGCGCGGAAUCCAAAAUUCCACGUCUUUGGCCAUAUUCACGAGUGUUAUGGAGCGAUGACGAAUGGGAAAACCACAUUCAUCAACGCGGCUCAAUUGGAUCGAUCAAUGCAAACGGAAUACGCAUUCUACCUCUCACCCGACGAGAGGAAACCGAAAUGGGCACAGAUUCCCGCAGAUGUCGAUAUUUUGAUCACUCAUGGACCUCCUUUAGGAUACCUUGAUGCACGUGCGAAAGACCAACACUACGGUGAUGAUGAACAGCUGCUGGAAGCUGUUGAACAGCGAGACCCAAAAUUUCACGUCUUUGGCCACAUUCACGAAUGCUAUGGGGCAAUGACAAAUGGUCGGACAAUUUUUGUGAACGCAGCUCAAUUGGAUCGAUCGAUUGGAUGCAAACGGGAUCAAAUCCCGGAUGGAGAUGUGCUUGUGCAUUGUGGAGAUUUCACCAAUUUUGGCGAAUAUGACAAGAUUUCCGAGUUCAACGAC